UCGACGGUUGUGUUGUUGUUCGCGGAUGCGACGACGACGUUCACGUGUUUCGAUGAGUGAGUGAAAUACAGGGUGAGUGAGUGAAGGCGAACCAGUGAGCCAUUUUGGACCGACUUCCCCUAUAUGAACUCGCGGUUUGAUUUUUUAGGGUUUUUUGCGUAACCACAUGUUGCCAACUGGCCGACGCUAAAAUAAACGGAUAAGCGCCCCCUGCCCCCCAUGCAUCUCCCAGUCUCCCUCUCCUCUUGCACCGUUUCGGAGGAAGCGUGGCCGAAGAGCAGCGGCAUGUGCGAGCCAUCGUCGGGCUACAUCUCCAACAACCAGGACAUCUGGUGGACAGAACACCUCAUCCACGAGAUCCAAACGGAGCAUCCCGGCGAAUUGGUCCGCACUGGGAGUCCAUAUUUCCUCUGUUCGGCCCUCCCGACCCAUUGGAGGUCAAACAAAACACUGCCGGUGGCGUUCAAAGUGGUCGCGUUGGGGGACAUUGGCGAUGGGACUAUAGUGACAGUGAGGGCGGGCAAUGACGAGAACUGUUGUGCCGAAUUGAGGAACUCGACAGCGGUGAUGAAGAAUCAAGUGGCCAAGUUUAACGAUUUGAGGUUCGUCGGGAGGAGUGGACGGGGUAAAUCGUUUUCGAUUACGAUUACGGUGUCGACGACGCCGCCACAGGUCGCGACCUACACCAAAGCCAUCAAAGUGACCGUGGAUGGGCCCAGGGAACCCAGAUCGAAGACCAGCGGCCAACACACGGCCUACCGGGCCAUAGGCCUGGGGCAGCGGCCCUUCCUCGACGGCUCCUUCUCCACGCAUUUGCGCGACUUGGAAGCGUACAAAAAACAGCAACGUGGGGGCCCCUCGUCGCAGAGCAGCGACGGCUCGCAAAGCUCCUACAAGCAGGACUCGCAAGACGGGUCGCUGCACCCCAAUCCGCCCCCCUGUCCCCCUGCCACAUGGCCAGACUACUCGUACACCCCCUACAGCCCCCAAACAGGCUACUACGACCACCAGGAGGCUGCCACGUCGCUUCAUCUUCCCACCGUACUCCCCGAGGCUGGACACAACGAGUUCAUCAACACGUCGCUCACCUCCCCCCCGCCCAUGCUCAACAGUGCCAAAUCCGAGCUGGACCCCAUGCGGUACCCCGACAACAGUACUUACUACCCCAAUAAUUGGACCCCGAAUUCGUACCCCAAUAAUUACAACUAUUACAACACGCCCAACAACAACCAGCAGUACCCCAGUACAAUGGUCCUCUACCCCCCUUUGUACUCGACCCAGAACCAAAUACAUUUCCACUUGCAUGGUAGUACCGAAAAAAUCGACCAGUACUUAAGCACCGAAAGUUUGAGUUUGACCCCAACUAGGGCUAUAGAACUAGCACAGAGUGUAACAACUGAAGUGGCACAAUCGCAUGAAACUCUCGAGGAUACGGAAAGGACACAUGACCCCGCCAGUGUCUGGAGGCCGUACUAAAGGACUGUUUCUAUUUAUUGUAAAAUAAAAUUUGUAUUAUAAAAAGUAUUAUUACAGGAAACUGUAACUAUUAUUUUUCUACUCGCUUUAUUAGCUUCUAUUGUGUUUGUUACGAUGGUUGUGUCUAAGAAUGUUGCAAUAACAUUUUUUCUGUCAAUUAUAUCGUCUCAAUGUCAGAAACAUAUCAAAAUCUAUGUGAUUUUUUAGGACGAUUCAAGUCCAUUUUCAAAAUAUUUUUAUUGUAUUAACAGUAGAACAAGUUAAUAAACGAUUAAUGAGUGUUA